AUGAAUGACAAGGAGUUCGACGCCAGCUCGUUCGUGACAUUCGGAGAAGAUGAACUCAACGAUUGCAUGAAUGCCACACAAGGGGGAACUACAGGCAAGAAAGAACCGCUCACGGGCUUCAUGUUCGCCCUUCUCAUCUCCAUUCUCUUCUCUGCCUCAAGCCUUGCGAUCAUUGAGACGGCAGCUAUAGAGCAUUCAAUAUUGUACAUAUGUCAAGGCCAUGACAAGCUUGCCUCGUCUGACGACAUGCCCACGCGUUCCGAUCAGAGCUUUUCUUCAUUCUCGCAAUUGAUAGACAAGAUGGGGCCGAACAAAAGUCUAGUAUUUCCCUACUUCAACAGAUUUGCCCCAGAAAUCAGAACCAUGAUUUGGGAGGAGCAUUUCUUAGAGUCGAUUGGUGGCCGACCUCAAUUCGCUCCAUCCGGAAAUCUGAGAACACACAAGCAAAAUCGGACUUUCUCAAGCGACCUAAGCUCGGGAAGCUUCGCCAUUGGUUGGAGCACUAAUGGCUCCUUCGGACAGUGGAAAGCAGAACACAAAAGGGGGCAGGAAUACUCCUGCCCAGCAUUCCCAGACAAAUGGAUCAACCGAGAGGCUGCGGACGCUGCAAACCGCGUUCGCCAGCGGCUGAGACCAGAAAUCGUCAACUUUCAUCGAUCCAGCUUUCACGGCGAUGUCCAAACUCCAGUGAAUUGGGGCCGAGACCUCAUAUUCUUCAACGCCGACGUCUGUCACCCUUUGCUCAGAAGGCUGGAGAAGGCUGAAUGGGUCCAGAAGGUAGAAAUUCUCGCCAUAAAUAUCACACCCCAAAGCGGAAACGAGAAAGCCGCGGAUGUCAUCGUGAAACUUGUGAACUACCUGCCAAAAACGCGCGAGAUGCUCCUCGUCGUCACCAAUGAUGAAGCGGAAAAUGGGGAAGACUAUUUGCUUGACUCUGAUGAUGGGGAAGAAGUUGAGGAUGAAGGCAGAAUCGGAAUGAAUGAUACACAGGCAUGUCGCGGUUGGUGCUAUGAGUUCAUGGUCAGGUGUCUCAUGGAAGUGUUAACGCGACGCAGAUGUGGAUCUAUCGCCCUUCUACGAGACGAUUUUAUGCAGGACAUCCGACCUAGUUCCUGCCCAUUAGCUGCACCUCCAAUGAAGUGGGACGAUGAGAUGGGAGAUUAUGUGUACUACACGAGGGAAGAUGUUGCUGCAGCAAUAGAGCACCUCGAGACGCACUGGCUAGAUCGUCUUUCGGGAUUUCUUCUCAGCCCUGAGAGGAACAUUAAGAUUCAAUGGGUACUCUGA